AAGUUUUGUUUCACUAAGAGCAUUGGAGCUUUUAACACAUAGCGUUUGGUUGUGAGGGAAACAAAAAAAAAUACUCCCUCUACCUGCAAAGCCUUUCUUCACCUACAAAAGUCACCCUCUUUCGAUCCAUUCAUCUGCGUCUCUCGCCAGAAAACUUCUCUCGUUUAUAGAUCGCCGACAGUUAGGGAAGUCCAUUAUUUUCUGUCGAAUCCGUCUUUCUUAGAGUCCAAACGAGAAACCAUGGCGUUUGAAAAGAUCAAGGUGGCAAAUCCCAUCGUCGAGAUGGAUGGUGAUGAAAUGACCAGAGUUAUCUGGAAGUCCAUCAAGGAUAAGCUUAUUACCCCUUUUGUGGAGUUGGAUAUCAAGUACUUUGACCUUGGUCUUCCCCACCGUGAUGCUACUGAUGACAAAGUUACUAUUGAAAGUGCUGAAGCCACCAAGAAGUAUAAUGUGGCCAUCAAGUGUGCCACCAUCACUCCAGAUGAAGGCCGUGUCACGGAAUUUGGCUUGAAGCAGAUGUGGAGAAGUCCAAAUGGGACCAUCAGGAAUAUUCUGAAUGGAACUGUAUUUAGAGAACCAAUUAUCUGCAAAAAUGUUCCCAAGCUUGUCCCAGGCUGGACAAAGCCCAUCUGCAUUGGAAGGCAUGCUUUUGGCGAUCAGUACCGUGCCACUGAUGCUGUUAUCAAGGGACCAGGAAAACUGACUUUGACUUUUGAGGGUAAAGACGGAAAAACUGAAACUGAAGUCUUUACAUUUACCGGUGAAGGAGGUGUCGCUAUGGCCAUGUACAACACUGAUGAGUCCAUCCGUGCUUUUGCUGAGGCAUCGAUGAACACUGCUUACCAGAAAAAGUGGCCACUCUAUCUUAGCACAAAGAACACCAUUCUUAAGAAAUACGAUGGCAGAUUCAAAGACAUCUUCCAAGAAGUGUAUGAAGCCAGCUGGAAGUCAAAGUAUGAGGCUGCUGGAAUAUGGUAUGAGCACCGUCUCAUUGACGAUAUGGUGGCUUACGCUCUUAAGAGCGAAGGAGGCUAUGUAUGGGCAUGCAAAAACUAUGAUGGUGAUGUCCAAAGUGAUUUCCUGGCACAAGGGUUCGGGUCACUUGGAUUGAUGACAUCUGUUCUGGUCUGCCCUGAUGGGAAGACUAUUGAAGCCGAAGCAGCACAUGGAACUGUUACCCGUCACUACAGGGUUCACCAGAAAGGUGGCGAGACUAGCACAAACAGCAUAGCCUCCAUCUUUGCUUGGACUCGUGGACUUGCACACAGGGCUAAGUUAGAUGGCAACUCAAAACUCUUGGAGUUUACCGAGAAGCUCGAAGCUGCCUGUGUUGGUACAGUGGAGUCUGGAAAGAUGACAAAAGAUCUUGCACUCAUCAUUCACGGCGCAAAGCUCUCUAGGGACACUUACCUGAACACGGAGGAGUUCAUCGAUGCAGUUGCGGAUGAUCUCCAAACAAGGCUAAGGCGAAGAAAUAAUCUAUUAAAUUCCUGUAUCUAAAAUUAAAAGCUAAAAUAUCCUCUUUAUAAAAUGAAUUUCAUUUUUAUUUAUUUUUAACUAGGACCGUUUCAAACGCGCGGGAUUUGAUUGGAUCGGUUUUUAUAAAAAAAAUAUAAUUUUGUUUAAAUUUCUUUAUGUUAAGUUGGUGUGAGUAUGAU